AGGACCUCAGAGCCCAGAGGAUCAGCAGCAGCUGCAACAUCCACAAUGGCUAAACCCUGUGCUUUCCUGAUGGCCCUGGUGGUGAUGAGCUACUGGUCAACCUGCUCUCUGGGAUGUGAACUGUCUCCAUCACCUAAGCCUGGGAACAAGACAGCCUUGACACUCCUGAAAGAAAUGAGGAGACUCUCCCCUUUCUCCUGCCUGAAGGACAGAAAGGUCUUUGCAUCGCCUGUGGAGAAGGUGGAUGCCCAGCACAUCCAGAAGGCUCAAGCCAUGUCUGUCCUGCAGGAGCUGACCCAGCAGGCCCUGAUCCUCUUCAGCUCAAAUAAAUCAUCUGCUGCUUGGGAGAAAACCCUCCUAAAGCCAUUCUGUAACAGCCUCCUCCAGCAGUUCAAUGCCCUGAAAGCCUGUCUGAUGCAUCAGGUAGGGAUGCAAGAUUCACAGGUGGCUAUGAAGAAUUACUUUGACAGGAUCACUGCCUACCUGGGAGAAAAGAACCACAGCCCCUGUGCCUGGGAGGUGGUCAGAGCAGAAGUCUGGAGAGCCAUGUCUGCCUCAGCCAACUUACUGGCAACAUUGAGUGAGGAGAAGGAGGAAGUCCUGAGCAAAGUGGAGAGGACUUUCCUGGCCUAG